AUGUUGAAAAGAACGAGAAAUAAUAGUGAAGACAUAAUAGAAGAGGUCAGUACUGGUGUUGGUUUGAGUGGAAAAUUCAGUGGAAUCGGUACCAAAAUGGAGAAAAUAUUUCGCGCUGCAUUUCGUAAAGAUCUGAGUCAAUCAACGCAAGAAUUAAAUGCAGACGUUGAUGACAAUUUACAACAAAUAGAAGAUAAAAGUGACAGCAAAGAUAUAAACAAUAGAAAAAAAUUAGUUCGGGGUAAAAUGAAACGUACUAAAGCUCUCGGUAGUUCUGAUUGGUCAUCUGAUGUUGAUUUUGGAUCAAAAAAAAAUUUAGUCGAAGGAAAUAAAAUAACAGGUGAUGAAAUGCAUGAAAUUAUUGAUAAAAUAGACAUGGUGGAUAUUCAUCGUGAAAAUAUUAGCAAGUCACCGAAAAAAAUUGAACAGACUAUUAUUGAUAUAACAGAACACGAAGACCAUGAGAUAGAACAGGAAAUUAUUAAUAAUUCUAAUAGUAAUCAAAAGUCAUUAGAUAUUACGCAAGAUAAUUUAGUUGAUUCGAUGAAAAGACAACGUAAACGUUGGUCUAAAGAUGCUAAUAUUGUGAUUCCACGAAAAGAAUCUACAUCUUCAUCUAGUGUUUCGGAUAAAAGUAAUUCCUGGGUUAAAAAAUCUGGUACCACGGCUGCUACGAAACCUGUACCGGCACCACGGCUUAAUAAAAUUAUCAUCGAAGAAAGUAGCUCACGUGAUCAUAAAAAAUUAGGACAAGAUAAUGAAGCAUUUGAAUCGGAUCAUGAUUAUGUAGAACAGGUUUUAACGAUUGAAACGGAAUUCGGAGUUGUUAAGAAGACUAAAAUUGAAAUGAAUUCCGCUGACAGUGAAGGUGAAGAAAUUGAAGAGAUAGAAGAGAUCGAAGCUGAACAGGUCAUAAAAUCCGUUGAAAGACUGGCAGAUAUAUCGGAUAUUGAAGAAAUAAAUCAAGAGACAGUUGUACAAAAAAUUAAAAUAUCCGACAGAGAGCGCGAUUCCGAAAGUCAAACAAAAAACUCAAGUAGUUCAUCGCGAGAAAAUGAAAAACACGCGAAACAUUCGCGACAAAAAAAUCAGUCAGCAGAAGACUCGACAAGCUCUGAUAUUCAGAAGAUUUCUGAAGUUGCAACUGCAAUAAAAGAAGAUAAAAAGUAUAAAAAAAAAAUAAGAGAACGUUGUAAAUCAAAAUCUAAAUCUAAAUCAUCAUCAAGCCGAUCACAGUCCGGAACAGUUAGUUCACAGUCCGUAGAUAUUAAACCUCCGCACCGUAAAAAUAGAAAAACCAGAAAGAAAGAAGAUGUAGAACAUGAUUUUAAGUUUAUUUCAAUUACUAUUCACAGAGCGGAUAUGUUAACUGCUGAUUACAUGACUAAACAUCCAAUGGUAAUUGUUCAUAUCGUUGAAGAAAGUACCGGAAACUAUUUGAAGACGGGCAAAGAAUCUAAGAAUCAUUUGCAGCCAUUGAUAACCGGGACAUUUGAUUUCCGAGAAAAUAAAUCUAUGAUUCCUUGCUGGGAGGAAGAAUUAAUAUUUGAGCAUGAUUUUGAUUCUAUUGUCAAUCAUGAUAAUCAUAAAACUUUAAUUCUCUUUGAGAUUGUUGACCUUCCAACUUUUGCCGAUGCUUCUUAUACAUACGAUCAUUUUGGUGGUGAUAACUGUUGGUAUAAAAUAGCUUGGGGAUUUUUGAAACCUAUCGGAAGAAAUGGUGUUGCCCAUAUUGAAAAAUUCGUGCGGCUUCAGUUAUAUAAGCCAAAGAAAAAUUAUCGAAGAUCUAUUAGACAUAAAUGUGAACCCUACAGUUGGUGGAAAUCCGGUUCUCGUGACAAGUAUCCUAGUACUUUAUUUGUAACUGUUGCUUCAGUAGAACCGCCAAAACUAGAACCUGUAUUUUAUGGUCAAUUAACACUAGAUGAAUUGUCUGACGAACAAACAGAGCCAGCUAAGUCAAUACCACAUACGGAAAUGAUUAAUGUCUCAAGGUGGAGCCGUCUAGCAGCUCAAUCAUGUAAAAUACCUAAUGAAUUAUUUUUUAAAACUGAAGCUUCUGAUAAUGGAUGUUUUUACGUUUGCUUCAGUAAUAAUGGAAAGUAUUUAGCAUGCGUAAACUGCGAAGAAUACGAUUAUCCAAUCACGGUUUGGAAGAUUGAUGAUGAAAAAAUAUUUGUUAAAUUUUCUGGCCACAAAAGUUUUAUUUAUGCUCUUGACUGGUCCAAAACGGACAAUCAUCUGCUGUCAGUUUCGUCAGAUCAGACGGCAAGAGUUUGGGAUGUUGAGAAUAAAUUAAUUAAUGAAAUAAAUAUGCUGCCUCAUCCAUCUUAUGUCUAUUGUGGUAAAUUUGAACCAUCGAAGCCUCAAACUAUUAUAACAGGUUGUUACGACCGUGUUUCAAGAGUUUGGUCACGUAAAAAUAAAAAUAAUAAUUAUGAAUUAUCACAAGAACUAGAGGGACAUGAUGGAUUUGUUAAUUCUAUUUGCUUUUUAAAUGACGGUGGUCUCUUAACAGCCGACAGUGUUGGUAUUAUUAUUCAUUGGAGCGUAAAAAAGAAAAAAGGAAGUUCAAGAGACUGGCAAAUAUCACGAAAAAUAAAAAUACGUGAAAUAGUUAAUGUUACAAUUAAUAAUAUUGUAUUACAUCCAUUAGGGUCGAGAUUAUUAGUUCAUUCACGUGAUAAUGGUUUGAGAAUGCUUGACUUGACUACUGCUGUUGUUUUACAAAGAUAUUUAGGUCUAAAAAAUUCAAGAGUACAAACAACUGCAAGAAUAUCACCAUGUGGUAGUCUUAUUCUCUGUGGCGGUGAAGAUGCAACAUUAAAUAUAUGGAAUACUGAUUCUGGUAAACAUAUAGCCAUUUACCAAACAAAUUUAGUGGAUGCUAUUGUCACUGGUGUUGAUUAUCAUCCAUAUGAUCAUGCAUUAGUUUAUUCAGUAUUUGGUUUCGCAACAGAAGCAUGUAUCCUACGUUUCAAUAAACAGUCAACCGGUGAAUCUGUUGGAUUAAAAUUACUUGAUACAAAUGCUAGAUUAUCAACACAAAGACUUUCACACAGAAAAUCUUAUGAUUCAAUGAAAUUAGAAAGCAAAGAAAAUUUAGGGAUAAUGAAUAGUGAUAGCCGUGAAGAUUUACGGUCUAGAUUAAAAUUGUUUAACGAUUCAGAACGACAAUUAAAAUCACGAAGUACUAAUAGGCUGAGUAGUAUUAUUGCUAAAAUAGAUAAAAUUCUUUCCAACAGCCAUAGUCACAAUUCUGUGACACGAACACUGUAUGACAUUGAAGCCAAUAGAACUGAAGAUUUAGGACUAGAGAGUCCCCAUUAUUCAGAUUAUCAUAAUCCCAAUCAUCAUCAAGAGAAAGUAAUGCCUUAUGUCCCACCACUAUUCUCAACAUUAGAAGAUAAUUCGACAUCCGGUUCUAGGUCGGAGACAUUUGAAAUGAUAGAUCUGCAUAAUAGCCGUCGUCACAGCGAUGUAAAUAAAAUAAAAUCAAAAAGUGCAAGAAGUCAAACAAGACAUUCAUUGACGCACCAUGAUGAUGAUAUUGAUGAUAAGAUAAUGUCAGAUGGUGCUGCGUACAAUAAUCGAAGAUUAAAAACCGUUUCUGAAAAAGUGGAAACUCGAUCUUGGACUAAAAUUCGUGUCAAGGAUUUAAAAGGAAACAGGAAUAAAAAUGAAGAUAAAGACAGUAAUGAUGUAGAGUUAGGUCAAGGUGUUUGUAGAGAUGAACGACAUGAAAGUAGUCCAGAAAGUGGAGGUACAUACGUAGUUGAUAAAAAUGAUGACGUUAACAUUGAAAGUGAAAGCUCUGUGAGAAGUGAUGUUACUUUUGUUAUUGAAAGUGAAAAACCGGUACCAAAACCGAGAAAAAAACGUGCGCGUAAGCAAAAUUUGUAA